CGUCAAUCCUUCUAUCGUGCACGUUUAUGAUUUCUUAGGCACUUAUCGCGUUGACAUGCGAGGAAGGACCUUGGCGCUAGGACAAUUAGAGCUACAAUCUACACGAUUUAGGCAUUUAGUUGUUAAAAAAAAGCGAAUUCCAGCCAAGAACUUCUACUCUGAAUAUGAUUGGUAAUCAAGAACAUCAUGAAGAUGAACGGCCAAAACAAGAUAAUAACUCAAUACUGUCCUCGAAAAAUAGUGAAACAACCUCAAAACACUCUGAAUGCUAUAAGAAACUGCCAUUACUUUUAUUCAUUAUGGCCUAUAUAUCAUUUUGUUGUCUUGGCGCACUUUGUUUAACCCUACUAGAACGACCUACAGAAAGACUAGAAAGAUUGCGCUUACACGCUUCACAAAUCAAUUUUCUGAGGACUAAUCCAUGUGUAUCAAAUGAAGAACUUCAGAAGUUUGUUAGUUAUAUUGUAUCAGCCACAAAAAUGGGUAUAUCAAUGACACCAAUUAAAAAUAUCAGCAAAUAUGACUCACUGAACAUUCCUAAAAAUUGGCACGAAAAUUUUUAUUUGAAAAUGAAUGCUGAAGUAAAUGCUCAACUGGAAUCAAUCGCCAGACGUAUUUUAACUGAAGAAGAAAUAAAUAACAGCAGUUGGAACUUUUAUGAAUCAGUAUUUUUUGUGAUAACAGUUAUUACAACUAUAGGUUAUGGAACAAUCAGUCCAGUUACCAUAUACGGCAAAGCUUUUUGUAUAUUUUUGGUUGCUGUUGGAAUUCCAAUGAAUGUGAUCCUGGUUUCUGUAUUAGCUUCUUUGUGCAUGCCCAUUAUUCGGAAAUCACGAAAUGCCCUAGUUAAUUUUUAUUCUUAUUCAAGCGAUCAUGAUACAUAUCAUAACAAACAUAAUAAAAAUUGGAAACAUUCAAAUUUCAGUUCUUCAAGCGGACAUAGGAAAUGUAUGGAAGAUGUUAAACCAUGCCUAAAUAAGGAAAAUAAACAUAGAGUUUCAAAGUUGUUUUUCAAGCUUAAAUCUCUUUUCCGACGACAAGUUAAUGCUCCAGACGGACGAAGUGAAUCAAGUGUGCUUCAUAAAUCGUUAUCCGACAGUUGUUUACCGAAUAACAUCGUGAAAAAACAACUUCCACCAACGGAAUGCAAUAUCACUGAGCCAAAGAAUGUCGUCGAAGAUGACGGAUUAUCAAACAAAACUGCCUCAGUGACUUCCUUAUCAACGUCUUUAUCGACAAACAAGACUCAUUCUCAAAGUUCUCUGGCAAUAAAAACGGAAAAUUAUCCAAAAGAUUUUAAUAAUGCUGAAAACAAUCAUGGCAUCUCAAAACAUGAGCAAUCAAAUAAACCAAUAUUAUCUAUUAUGAAACAUCAUGAACUUCAUAUAAAUAAUGACAUAUCAAUGAAUCCCAGUUUAGCUUCGGUAAAAAUUAACAGGCCGAAAAUGAUACUUGAUCACACUAAUGUACCGAAAAAAUUAACACAUAAAGUUUCUUUAAGUUUUACAGCAAAUAACCAACCAGGUGCAGCUGACAACAGAAUAAAUCAGCUGGAUACAACUCAAUCAUCUCCUAGUCAAUUCAGUAGACACAUUGAAAAAGAAGCUUAUGUAAAAAGCGUCAAUAAACCAGCUCGACAUUCAUUGAGUGAAAUAUUUAGAGAAGUAACACAAAACACAUGUAAUCUUAAUGAUUGCUUUUCUACAGAAACUUCACUAGCUGAUCGUGCUCAUAUUUCUUGCAUAGCAUUUCUACAUUACUUGUUAUCUAGAAGUGACUUGGCUUUAACUACACAAGUUAAACUUUCACAAUUUCGAUAUGUGAAUGUACAUCAUGGUAUAUUUCGUUUACGAUUAUUACAUUUCUUCAUUGUAUUUUGUGUAGUAAUUACAUGCUCAAUACUUAUACCUGGGAUAAUAUUUACAUAUUUAGAACAGAAUUGGACAUAUUUUGAUGCAAUUUACUUUUGUAUCAUAUCACUUAGUGCAGUUGGUUUUGGUGAUAUGGUUGCAAGUGAAAGUAAAGACAGCAGUGCAUCAUCAUUAGUAACGAUAUUAUAUGUGAAGAAUAUUUACAGAGUAAUGACUGCAAGUGAGUCCUAUAUAUUUAAUCAUUCUUUGGAUACUUGACUGAUAUAUCUUUUGGAAACAGAUCACAUAAUAUAAAGAUUUUGUGUAAAGUGUUACUAAAUUUCUCUAUUGACCAGAAAUGCGUAUAUUCAAGUUUCAGGAAAUUCAUAUUUCUAAUAUGGCGACAUAAAAUAACGUGUCACAUUUCAUAGUCUUAGUAGUAAAAAAAUAAAUUAGUAUAUUGUUUACAUUUAUUAAUGUACUUUCCAAGAACAUUUUCAAAUUAGACUGCUAUAGAGCUGAAUUCUCAACUAAAUGUAUUACUUUUUUUAUUCUCUUUAGCACCACAUUAAUUCGUUGUACCUCCAUAUUUAUACAUAAUAUAUGAUGUUAAUAUAUUUCUCAAAAGUUAAUUGGGGAGUCUCCAUUGAAAUGCAACUAUUAUUUUUAAGUUGUCUUUUGAUUGCAUUAUAUUCUUAAUCUCAAUACUAAACAUAUCAAUUGAAUAGUUUUGCUUCAAUAAAAACGUAAGCAGGUCGUAAAUCUACCCCUCUAACGGCUCACUGUUGCCAUAUAAACGACAACCUCAAAAGUACUUCCAAGUUUAAAGAAACUUAAAUUUCACCUAUAACCUAAAAUUAAGACAGCAGAAGAAACCUACUCCAUUAUCACGAAAACAUAAGCUAUUCAGCUAAGGAAAUUUUAUUCUCAACAAUGUCAGCUGUCAAAGAUGUACAAUCGUAUUUAUAGUUCACUUUACACACAGCUUCUAACAGCAAAGAGAGGUGUUGCAUUAUUUACCGAAGCUAAUAAAAAUCAUCGAAUGUUUUUGAAUACUGAGCAAACGUUCACUUAUAGUUUUUAAGGGGAAGAACCAUACUUACACCUUUUACCCCUUUGUGGAGAUAUAUAGGCCUCCCACCAGCAUUCUCCAUCGAACCGUGUAGAAGUAACAAAAACAACUUACGAAGGGAAGACGAAUAUCCAUUCUAAGAGUCUAAAAAGGAUAUAGGGUCAAAAAUCAAGGGGAAACCACAAUCUUUUAAAUUAGGAUUGUCAAGAACAUCAUAAAGUUAAGAAUUGCCAAUUUUUGUCUUAUAUACUAAAGCAAAUUCAAAUCGGUGCACAAAGUUGUGGUCCGAACUCCUGUUAAGCCAGUUUUUUAUUUUGAAAACGCUCUUAUAAGACAAUUCCAGUAGUUACGUGACCAAAGUUAACUAUGUGUUCAAUAAUUCAAUCAUUAACUGGUUGAUAGCCACUCCAGAUAGUACUAGGACACGCGGUCAUAAAGUUCACGCUUUUGCAAUCAAUAUUACCUACUACCUAAGAACAAAUAAAAUUACAAAUCAACACUAAGUUCACUCAAAGUUGCAGUUUAUCCUUAAUACUCCCCCUCCCGACCAAACAUCUAUUCGAGUGACGAAUUCAGAGCUCAGUAAAAUAAAAAUUAUUUCAUUGAAUCUUAUUUCAUUGAUGGCUGGUUUUCAGAAUUUCUGCUGCUGGGUGCUGUUCGAAUUCAAUAUUCGUGAACAAAAUCUAUUUCAGUAUCGUAAGAACUUUUCCAAAUUGAAGUUUUGAUUUCAAAUUACGUUUGAUGAACCUGUGGGGCCUACCAAUAUCCAUAAGUAUUUGCUAAAUUUAAUCAAUCAAUUAUUGAUUUUCACUUUCAUAGCUUUGUAGAUAAAGUGCGCAAUUAACACAUUCUAAAAAUAUCUAUGUUCAACUGAACUAUAGGUAAAAUAUAUUUCUAUCGGAAAGUUUCGAUUUCUACAUUUAGAGGUUUUAUAUUAAUAUAUAACUAGCUAUAUUCAACAUCUACUUAUUGUAUAUUUCAAUGUGCAAAUAUCCAAACCAAAAAGUCACGAAAGAUUUGCAUAUUGAAACUCGAUUAUAGAUAUUAAUAUACAGUAUGGUGAAGACUUGAUUAAUUAUUGAAUUGUUUAAAAAUUUGUAAAUCAAGUAAUCUUAACUUAUUCAUUGAGCAGAUUGAAACCUAGAGACACUGAGUUCCUAUUUAGAGUGAUAGAUCAUUACUUACUUUCGCGUCAUUUCAAAACAGAACAAAGCAGAAAUUCGGUGCUUCUAUAUUUUUAAUAUCAGUGGAUGCUAAUUCCUGAUAAAAGUUAUUAUAGAGUAAAUCGUUAUUUUUAAAAAAAAUUUCGUUUCACUCAUAAUUUGACAGUCGGAAUAAACACCCAAUUCAUCACAAACCAAUGUAUUAUGUUUAGAUAGUAUUAACUAAAUGGUAUGGAGUGCAACUAUCAUCCAAUUUCUCUGGUAAUGAAUAUUUCGGUCGCUGCAACAUUUAUCCAAUUUACUUAGGUUUGAAAUAUACAUUAUUGGAUUUUAAUACAGUAGUUAAGCGAUAUCCGCGAGACAGGGAGGUUUUGGGUUCGGUCUCUGGUAGAAUCAUGAGAGCGUACUUUGGGGGGACCCCACAAUCAAACAAAAGAUCUCUCGAUUGCUUAUGUUGAUCCGUGACAAUUGUUAUAUACAAACUACAAUAUUUUAUUUAAAAAAACUUCAUUUCUUUGGUUAUAUUUGUUUCUUAAGUUGCUGUUAGUCCAAGUCGAAAAGUACCAUAAAAUAAAUCCUGUACUUGAAAUCAGCAAAUGAUAUAACAAAGUUCAAUGAAAAAAACAUAGCCUACUAUAUCAAAUAAUAACCUUAUUUUAAUUACAAAUAACAUUUUUACUUACUCUUUUGUUUCUAGUUUAUUUGGUGUUUGGAACCACA